AUGGCCUCUCGACGCCACCAGUUGAACCUGAAUCCUUUGGUCUCAGAUCAGGAAAGAGAGCACUUGUUUUCCAUCGACUUCGCUUACAAUUACCUCCCCACAGACCUUCAUCUUCACCGUGCUCCAAAAAUCAAGUUCGAAAAUCCUUUCAGUGACGAAAUCCGCGAAAAUCGGCGACAUAGUAUUUCCCUGUUCCCAUCAUCAACCAGCCUUCCUUGGCACAGUGGGCUCGAUGCAGCUCGCCAGAACAAGCACUGGAAGGUCAAUCUGGAAUACACUAGCCAGCUACUACAUCUGUGUGCCGAAGACACCAGCCUCAACAACUCUCUUAAUGCCAACGGCACCAUGCUGGCAGAUUUCGCCCGGAAGGAACUAGAAACGUCUUCAUACGAACGUUACAGCAGGUUCACAACCUACAUGUUUCCAGAGGCUGAUGAAGUCAGAACGGCGCUCUUGGCGCAAGCUGUUCUCCUCAUCGUUAUCUUUGACGAUACCUGGGAAGCUGUAGGCAUCGAAAAUAUCAAACUUAUUCAAGAUGAUUUUAUCAAACAGGUGCAGGGGACCAACCCCUCCGCCACAUCCCAUACACCGCUGCAAAAGCGCAUUUGGGAGAUCUCUCGCGACUUGGAGAGAAACGGUGGGAAGGAUAUAAUAACCACCUUGACUCAAUUCUUCCAGCACUCCCCGCCCACCACCGACUUUACCGACGUUCGAGAGUACCUAGAAUAUCGUUAUGAAGAUGUUGCCAUGCCAUUCUGUUAUGCCUGCGCGAAAUAUUCCCUCGGAUCCGAUAUUGAUAUCAGCAAUCCGAAAUUAAAAAAAUAUCUCCAUCUUAUCGGGGCUCACGUGUCGAUCGCCAAUGACAUCGGAUCUUAUGAGAAGGAGUACCAAGAUUUCAAGGACGGGAAAGUAAAGCACUUGAUCAACAUCGUUGCUGUUGUGGGGAAGAUCAACCGCACGGACUCCGACGCAGCUAAGGCAGCCUGCUACGCCCUUCAGCUACAGGUGGAGCAAGACAUAGCUGUAGAAUUGGAGUUGAUGGAGCGGGACGAUGAACUUACUUUUGUUGAAUGGGAUUUCAUAGAUGCUCUUUUAGCCAUGGCUGCGGGGAAUAUUUUCACCUCUAUUGUGAUAUCUAGGUACGGCGGAGAAGCUGCCCGAAUUGGCACCUGA